AUGACGUUAGAAACGUCAACGAACGCCAAAGCCAAACCAGAAAGGAAAAGUGGUCGAUGCAAGUGGUUCAACGUCGUCAAGGGAUACGGCUUCAUCACCCCAGAUGAUGGCACUCCAGAUGUUUUUCUCCACCAGACAGUCAUACAGAUGCCAGGCUUUCGAAGUCUUGCAGAUGAUGAAGAGGUUGAAUUUGAGUGCAAGGAAACGGAUAAAGGACUGGAAGCAACUUUUGUAUGUGGACCCGAAGGAACCGACUGCAAAGGAAGUGAAAGAAGACCGGUCUCCAAAAAAAAAUAUAAAAAAUUAAGAUGUUACAACUGCGGCGACUUUUCUAACCACGUAGCAGCCAAAUGUCCCAAAGGUCCAAUGCCGAAACGAUGUCACCUCUGCAAGUCGGACAACCAUUUAGUUGCCGACUGCCCCAACCGAAAGGGCACAGAGGGCUGCUUAGUAACGGUGGCCAGCCCGGACAAACCCCAUUCACAUCAAGCCGAAGAAUCUAAUGGAAGUAGUAGUGGAGGUGGUGGGCGAACAGAACACUGA